UCCAAACAUAGCGUAAGGGAUCUGUCAUCUCUCGGUACCUGCGGCAGACCCAAUAUUGUCAUGGACUUCAUUGCGGUCUGGUGUUUUCAUUGCCUGGAAUAUUAGUUAACAGCCUCGAUCAAAUGUUUCUGCCAAAAAGACUAACCUUCUCUUCAAAACGGUACCUUUGCACGGGCUGCGCUUCCCUCUCUUACCCACCAAAACCAGCAUUGCCACAGCUCUCGCUCCUUGCAGACAAAUGUACCUCAAUGACCCAACUCAAGCAAAUCCAUGCUCAAAUGGUCGUCACCUCUCGCAUUUCUGAUCAUUUCGCCGCAAGCCGUCUACUUUCCUUUUGCGCUCUCUCUGAUUCCGGAGAUAUCAAUUAUGCUAUAAAACUAUUUGAAAUCACUAAAGAUCCAAAUAUUUUUAUGUGGAAUACUCUCAUUAGAGCGCUAGCGAGUAGCCCAAAUCCUAAUAGAGCUGUGUUUCUUUAUACAAAGAUGAGAAGACAAGGUGUUUGUCCAAAUAACCACACCUUCCCUUUUCUGCUCAAGGGCUGUUGUAACUCUUGCUCUCUUGAAUCUUGCAAGCAGGUUCAUACCCAUGUUUUGAAAUUUGGCUUGGAGCUUGAUUUGCAUGUUGUUAAUGGGCUAGUGAGAGCUUACUCUGUUUCGAGUCAUUUGAGUAGUGCUCGCAGGUUAUUCGACGAAUUUUCUGAAAGGAAUUUAAGUAUUUGGACCACGAUGAUUACUGGGUAUGCUCAGAAUUUUUGCGCUAUUGAAGCUUUAGUGUUGUUUGAUCGAAUGCUUGCUGAUGGUUUUGAACCGAAGGGUCCGACUAUUGCUUCUGUGUUGUCUGCAUGUGCUCGUUCAGGUUGCCUAGAAUUGGGAGAAAGAAUUCAUGCUUUUAUGCUAGAGAGAGGGAUUGAAACGGGGUUGGUGUUAGGGACUGCAUUGGUGCAUAUGUAUGCGAAGAAUGGAGCUAUCUCUACGGCUAAAAAAUUGUUCGAUUCCAUGCCUGAAAGAAACCUUGCUACUUGGAACGCCAUGUUGUGCGGAUUGGCCAGUAAUGGGAACGCUGAAGAAGUACUUGCGCUUUUUAGGAAGCUAGAGAAAGAAAAAUUAUUGCCGAAUGAUGUAACUUUUGUUGGGGUUUUGUCUGCCUGCUGCCGUGCAGGCUUAAUUGAUGUUGGUCAGAAGAUCUUUAAUUCUAUGAAGGAGGUAUAUGGCAUUGAACCCAAGAUUGAACAUUAUGGAUGCAUGGUGGAUCUUCUGGGGCGAGGUGGGAAACUAGUUGAGGCUGAGGAAUUGAUAAAAAGGAUGGCCAUGAAGGCCGAUGUUGUGAUUUUGGGAGCCUUAUUAGCUGCUUGUAAAAAUCAGGGAAACACUGAGAUUGCUGAAAGAGUGGUGAAAGAUAUUCUAGCCUUGGAACCUCAUAAUCAUAUGGUCUAUGUUGUUUUGUCCAAUAUGUAUGCAGAGGCUGGACGGUGGCAGGAUGUAUGGAGGCUUAGAAAGGUUAUGAAAGUGGGGAAUUUGAAGAAAACACCUGGGUGGAGCCUUGUGGAUGGAGAUACGUAAGUCUUCGUUUCUUGUGUAUAUGUACGAGAUAGCAUACAUUGUUGCUCCACGAUGAAAAGCUUCAUUAGCUAUCAGAAUUGAAAUGUGGGCAUGAUCAAAGACAUGCAUUGUUGUUGGUCCUUUUCAGCUAGCCAAUUCUGGAAAACCUGGUAGGACACUGGAUGCUAUAGAUUAACUGGAACAUUAAUCCUUUCAAUUUUGGAAAAUUAGUCUACAAUGAUUUGGCUCCAGAAUGAUUGGGCUCUGCUUCCUGUCAAUAUCAGACUGUGGCCUAUGGACAAGGAUAAAAAGGAAAAGGAGCACAAAAAGGGUCUGCAUCUUCUCCUCACAAGAGCUCACAAAUAACUAAUUAGAGAAUUAGGGCAUUAAAGGGGAAUAUGGUCAAAGGAACUCUGAGGAUUACAGUUAGUUUUGGGAGUUAAGAUGAUCUACAGAAUAAUUUCAGUUUGUACAUAUAUACUGAAGCAUUACAACCAAAAAAAAAAAAAAAAAUCUCUUGAAGGAUGAAGGAAACUCUGCAACAAAGAUCCAGAACAAGUUAUUACGAUGCCAUGAGUGACAUGAGGUAGACUAGCAAUAUUGGAUCCACUUCUUUAAUUACAUUUUGCAAGUCAAUGCAUUAAUGACAAUGCACGGCUCAAUUUUUUUAAA